CAUGCCAUGCAUGCCAGCGCAUUGUACUUGUGUGUGCGGUGCGUUUAGUUUCGUGCGGGGCCAAGGCUACAAUCGUGUCGCGAUCAGUCACGAUUAUGUUGAGUACCGCGAAUCAUCCGACGACUGCCACAGGCGUCCGUUAAAUAACGCGAGUCGUCGAACGCGGCAAGCGACGACGACAGCGUCGUCGCGCAAGGACAGCUGAGGAGAGUCUCCUGGAAACGAGAUUGUCAAGGGACUCUUCCACGUCGUGAAGAAACAAGAGGAAAAUCGAACAAGCAUCGCGUGAAUUUAUUGUCAUCGAAGUGGCGGUCGCAGAAAGUUCUAACAUGAGGGGGUCUAAAAGAGACUGGAUUUUUAGAGUCCAGGUACCUAAUCUGGAGAAAAGUGAAGUGGUCUACGUGGUUGGAAAUUUACCUGAAUUAGGUGCCUGGAAUCACAAUCAGGCCAUCCUAAUGUCGCAAGAACAUAACAGUCGCAGAGAGUCUCCUGUAGUAUUAGAUAAUAACAGUACGGGGGAUUUUUAUAGCGAAGAAGAUGGAGACAAUGCAGCUGAUGGUAUAUUUGAAGAUGAUGGACGAAUAUUUUCGCAGAAGGUUGCUCUUCCCAUCGACGCAAAUAUCGAAUUUCGAUAUUUUAUAGCUGUCAUUUGCCAAUCAAAUGGCACUAAAAAUUCGGCCAAAACUUUGAUUAUUCGCAGAUGGGAAACCCAUAUGACACCACGGUUAAUUAGGAAAAACACACCAAGUAAUUUUGACAAUGAUACAUUGCCAGAUCCUGAUAAAUUUGGGUAUCAUAAUAAUUACUCCAAAAUCGAACGAGGUUGGCUGACAGAUGAAACUGUGAUACAAUUUAAACUUUUUAACAAUCCUAUUAAGCUGUGGAAGAAUCGGUUACAAAACAAAAAAGUUUAUAUUAAGAUGACACCUAUAAAUCUAGUUAGGCAUAAUUCUUUAGAAUUGCAACAGUUUGGAGGCGAUUGUAUAGACGAUAGUCUUUCUAUGGAUACACAAGAUAUUAUUGAUCAACCCGCCUUUACCAGUAUUACGGAAAUUGCUGUGAUGAAUGAUGAAGAGGCUAGAUUGACGAUCCAGGAGCAAUUCGGUCGCCCUUACAAUGAAGACGAGUUUUUACUGUUCAAUGUUGCCGUUCGGUAUCCUGAAACAAUCGGGUACUUAGUGGACUACUACGUGUACAGCUCAAGAUGUUUCCCGGGAGAACCACCAAAUCACAUUGGUUUCAGCUACAUCUUGCCGUGUGCUUUACAACCUAGCGUUGGACUUCUGACCGUACCAAUUACUAGUACAAAACAUAGACCCAUUGGCCAAUUGACGGUGGAAUAUGUUAUCAUAAAGCCAAUACCGAAUCAUCCAUGGGACAUGAGCAUCUCAUACGCAAAGCAUUGGGAACAGCGUUGGUCAGGCUUAGAUGUAGGACACAGAGGACUUGGCACAUCUUUCAAAUUCGAAACGAAAAACUGUGCUAACGUACGCGAGAACACAGUCGCAUCUUUGAAGACCGCGUCAUAUCAUGGUGCGGACAUGGUUGAAUUUGAUGUUCAACUAUCGAAGGAUUUUAUACCUGUGAUUUAUCAUGAUUUUUACGUAUCCAUCUCGAUGAAGCGAAAAAAGCAGAUAGAGGUUAUGGACAUGCUGGAGAUACCCGUCAAGGAUCUUACUUUAGAGCAGCUUCAUCUACUCAAGGUUUAUCAUGUAGCCGAAGGCCGUGAUAAGAAUCCAAGAUUCUUUGACGAGGAUUUAGAAGAUCAUCAACCGUUUCCUACAUUGCAAACUGUUUUGCAAGAACUGGAGCAACACGUUGGAUGCAAUAUUGAAAUUAAAUGGACUAUGCAAUUAAAAGAUGGCACAUUUGAACUCAACCAUCCCUUUGAUCUCAACAUGUAUCUAGAUAUUAUUCUGAAAGUGGUAUUAGAAUACGGGGGUGAUCGAAAAAUCGUAUUUUCUUCAUUCAAUCCGGAUAUUUGUGCAAUGAUUCGUCUCAAACAAAAUAAAUAUCCAGUGGUAUUUUUAACACAAGGCAUUACAUCGAAGUAUCCUACUUAUCAUGACCCAAGAUGUCAAACUGUACCGAUGGCCAUGAGGCACGCAUUAGUCGCGGAUAUCUUAGGAAUUAAUGUCCAUACCGAAGAUAUUCUUCGGGAUCCGUCUCAAGUUAAGUUAGUUAAGGAUACAGGAUUAAUUAUCUUCUGCUGGGGAGAUGACAACAAUGAUAAGGAUACUAUCCAGUAUCUGAAGAAACUCGGCUUGCAUGCGGUCAUAUAUGAUAAAAUCGAUGAAUAUAACGCGAAAGAAGUGAAAGAGAGUAUAUUCUUAGUAGACGCUAGAGAAAGUCAGAAAGAGUUAAUAGCCUUGGCACACUGUAGCCAAACACCACAAACACAAAUUUCUUCUCCCCUUAACGCGGAUAAGGAUUAUUAUUUGAAUCGACCAUCAACGACUACAUCCUUGUUGAAAAAUAAUGUUGCUGGCGAUAGCAUAUAUUCCGUAUCAAACAUGAAGUUGCCAACCAACUGCGAGGAGAGCAUAGAGAUUAACGAAAUAACCAAGGAUUUUAGUGUCUGCGCGAAUACUUUCGGUCAUUCGGUAAAAACAAACGGCGUCUCUGGCGUGAUGUGCGGACAACCGGCUCCUCUAUCUGAGUUUUAUGGGGAAGACGAGGCGGCGAAGGAUUGUCUUUGAUGCUUUUCUUU